GCUCAUUUCAAAUACCCAAAUUAUUUUUUUCUAUUGUUUUUCUUGGGGGGAGCUCGGAGGUGUCGGACAUGUUCACCUACUUGAAGGUAUCUCCGCGUCCGCGAAACUGUUUCGUCAUGGACGAUCCCCUUUGGGGGGUUUUCCUGCGAUCGGACACGGGGGACGCGGUGCCCUCCCUUGUAGGCUAUAUAAACCCUCGUGUUAGACGCACUCCCGUUCUCUCGCAAAAAGUCGCACCUGCAAAGUCUCACACAUUGCCGCUGACCCUGGAAACAUACACAAACAAACAAAUCUACGAGAGAAAACCAUGUCCGAAUUCGAUAAAGUAACACUCACAUAUUUUGGACUUCAAGGCCGUGCAGAAGCCAUUCGACUCUUGCUUGAGGACGCUGGAAUUCCUUACGAUGACGUCCGUAUCGUGGACAGGGACCAAUGGUUAGAACUCAAAAAGGAUACAGAUCGGUUCCGGUUUGGACAGAUGCCCAUGGUGGAUUUUAAUGGGUUUUGCGUUGUGCAGAGUGCGACGAUUAUGAGGUUCAUUGCGUCUCGAAAAGGGUAUUACGGCGAUACACCUCAAGAACAUGUCCUUGUCGACAUGCUUGCGGAUGGUACUGAAGAUCUUCAGAGAUUGUACUUGAAGGCCGUUUAUAGUGAUGAUGCGGAAAGCACGACAGUGGCAUUCUUGAAAAACGAAGCACCAGCCAAACUCGAAUAUUUUGAAAAAAUCCUCAGUAAAGCUAAUGGUGGAGCCGCUUAUUUCACUGGUCCCAAGGCAACAUUUGCCGAUAUUUUCUUUUUUGACCUCCUCGACCGCCUCACGACUCUCCACCCCACCAUCCUCGACCCCUUCCCCCUUUUGAAAGCGUUCAAAACUCGUGUUGCUGAGCGGCCUAAUAUCAAGAAAUAUCAUGAAGCGAACAAGAGGCCUCAGUUUGUGAAUAACCCUUUUUCGACUAAACUAGGCUCCGAGAGGAUUGUUUUUUAAAGAUGUUGAGAUAGAUUUUGUAAGGAGGUGUUAAAUAGAAAAUAGGUGGCUUUCCUGUAUUCGAGAUUGUUUUUAUAAAGUAGAAACACUGUUUAUUUCACAAGUGUGCUCAAUAUGAUGUUGGAUGUUACUGUAGUGCACUUUUUGCCAAGUAACUCGAUUGAAUGUCACCGUAGGGUACACAUCAAUAAGAUCUCGAUUAACCGCCUCGAUUGAAAUG